AAUUAUCUAGAAAGCAAGGAAGCUAAGUCAUGCUUCUUGCUUUGUUGUUUAUUUCCUGAAGAUUUGGAGAUCCCAAUCGAAUUUUUGGUGAGAUAUGGGUUGGGUCUCAGGUUAUUUGGAGCUGUAGAUACAAUACUGGAAGCAAGAACCCAAGUCCAUGCAUUAGUUGACAAAUUGAAGAGAUCGUUCUUGUUGUUGGAUACAGGCAAUGAAUAUUAUGUCAAAAUGCAUAAUGUUGUACGAGACUUUGCCAUAUCAAUUGGAAGCCAACAUGAGGCUAUGUUGGUAAGAUGCGAUGCUGGUUUGGAUGAGUGGCCGCAUGACGAUUCAUAUGAACAUUACUCCAGAAUCUCGCUUCGGUUCAGUGAGAAGGCCAAGUUUCCUGCUGAUGAUUCCUUGCAUUUUACAAAUCUAAAGCUUUUACAACUGUUUUACAACUCAUGGAGUGAGAAUCAUAUGGAUAAUAUUCCAGAGAAUUUUUUUCAAGGGAUGGAAGGACUUGCAGCUUUAGGUUUGCUUAAAAAUGAUACUCCAACAUCACUCCCACCAUCUUUUGGAGUCCUAAAAAACCUUCGAAGCUUGUUUCUUCAUGGAUGCAGUAAGAUAGAAAGAUUAUCCAUGAUUGGAUGUCUAGAGAAACUAGAAAUAUUAAGCCUUGUUGGGUCCCGUGGGUUUCAUACUUUUCCAAGGGAAGUAGGACAGUUAAGACAUUUGAAAUUGUUAGAUUUGAAUGGUUGCGGACCAAUCCAGCGGAUGGAGCGUGGUACUCUGUCAAGCUUAUCCAGACUAGAAGAGUUGUACAUGGAAGAUACAUUUGACAAAAGGACAUCGAAUGAAGAAGACAGAGAAGAAAUCAAUGCAAGUCUGGUUGAGCUAAAGGAAUUAUCUCAUUUGAAAGUUUUGGCAGUUGGAUUACCAACUUAUGCUUCUUUAGCGAGAGACUUUCCGUAUGGGAAUCUAAUAAAAUUUAGAGUCACUCUAUAUGGACGAGGUGUUCAUUAUGAGUUUGAGAAUGAAUAUUGGUUUCCAUUUGAAAAUACCUUGAAACUCCAUGAAGACAAAAGAAGUAGUGUAUUUUAUCAGUUGUUGCAGAAAACAGAAAUUGCAUAUUUCGAUGAGUUAAAGGAUUUGGAAAAUGAUGUUUGUGAAUUAGAUAUAAACUGUUUUGCACGCUUGAAGAAAUUUCAUCUCAGUGAUUGUGAGAAACUGAAAUACAUGGUUGAUUGGUCAAGGAAUGAAACACCAAAAGCAGUCUUUCCCCUAUUGGAGUCGCUUGAAAUUCGUGAUUCAAAGAAUUUAAAAGAGAUAUGCCAUGGACAACCACCUUCAAAGAAAACUAGUCCGGAGGCCUUGAGGAGUUCCACGUGGCUUGCUAGUUUUUGCAACCUAAGAUCUCUUAUUCUAGUUGGAUGCCCCAAGUUGAAAAGUAUCUUCUCAAUGUCCAUAGCAAGAGGUCUGAUUCUUCUCCAAUACUUGCAAGUGCAAGACUGCCAUCAGCUAAAAGAAAUUAUAUCAAAAAUAGGAGAAGAUGAUGAGAAACCAAUCAAUGAGACUGGGUUAUUUCCGGAGUUAACAAACUUGAAUCUGGGUGAUCUACCUGGGCUUAUAGGGUUUAACUCAAUAUCCUCCCGCAGUAAGGAUGAUAAGAAGGAUAUGAGCACCCAGAAAAUGGAUAAAUUUGCAGAUCAGAGUCAGCAAUAUGAGCAACUUGACAUGGGGUCCUCAUUUGUGCUGCUAGUAACCCACUCAAUAAGACUGUCAAAGUUGGAAAGUCUUGUAAUCCAUGGUUGUGCCUCUCUACAAGCAAUAUUUGACACCCAACGGCUAAAUGUGGCCUUUCCCCUAUUGGAGUCACUUGAAAUCCGAGAUUUAAAGAAUUUAAAAGAGAUAUGCCAUGGACAACCUUCAAAGAAAAGUGGUCUGGAGUCGUUGAGGAGUUCCACCUCCACGUGGCUUGCUAGUUUUGGCAACCUAAGAUCUCUUCUUUUAUUUGGAUGCCCUAAGUUGAAAAAUAUCUUCUCAAUAUCUAUAGCAAGAGGUCUGAUUCUUCUCCAAUGCUUGGAAGUGCGACAAUGCGAUGAGCUGGAAGAAAUUAUAUCAAAAAUAGGAGAAGAUGAUGAGAAACCAAUCAAUGAGAUUGGAUUAUUCCCCGAGUUAACAGAAUUGGAACUGAUUAAUCUACCUGAGCUAAUUAUAGGAUUUAACUCAAUAUCCUCCCGCAAUAAGGGCUUUCAGAAUUUUACUCCAGAAACUCGGAGCUUUCAGAAUCUGAGAUCUCUGCAUGUAGAACGUUGUAUGAGGUUAACAAGUCUAUUUCCACCUUGUUUAGCCAAGCUGCUUGUGAAACUUGAAACCUUAGAAGUCAAACAUUGUGGAAUGAUGGAAAGUAUUGUGGAAAAAGAAGAAGAAAUGGAAGAGACCCUCAAAGGCAUAGUUUCGUUUCCUAAAUUAAAUUACUUGAAACUCAAAAAUCUGCCAAAUUUCACAACUUUCAGUGCGGAGGGUUCUACUUUGGCAUUGCCAUCCUUGGAAAGCUUAUCAGUAGCCAAGUGUCCGAAAGCAAAGACUUUGGAUCAUAUGAUUAAUACAAGCUCGUAUUCCCAACUAAAGUCUACGGGUUUCACCACCAAAUCAUCUUCUGCAGUCCCUGAGACGAACAAUUCUUAUGGCGGUGGCGCCUCUAUGGAUUCUCAUCACGGUUUUAGUAGAUGGCUUUUAUGUUGUGGAUCUACGAGAACUACAUUGCCAUCUGAUUCAAGUGAGACGAACAUUAUUCAACAAAGAGAUGUAUCUAGUCCGAAUGAGGUUGAUCAGAUGAUGAUGAUGAGUAAACUUAUAGACCUAUCUAUCAAAGAUAUGGGCAACAUGCUGUACGUAUGGACAGACAAAAUUGACGGUGGUUUCAUUCCUUCCCAUUUGAUGAAUAGGAUGAACAAUCUGGAAAGAAUGGAUGUAUCUCGGUGUCAGUCAUUGGAAACAAUAUUUCACAUGGAGCGACCCAAAAGAGGUGAUGAAGGGGAUUUUAAGGGUUGUCGUAAUCUGAAGAUGUUAGAUGUAGAAAGAUGUGACAAUUUGAAAUACCUUUUCUCAUCCCACGUCGCUGAGCUUCUUGUGGAGUUGGAGGAAGUCAGGGUUAUCAAAUGCAACAUGAUGGAAGAAUUAAUUCUGGGGAAAUCAGCUACACAUCAUGAUGAUCAGGAAGAUCAUCAAGAUAUUUUCAUCACGAGUACUACUGAUCAGCAGCAGCAGGGAGGCCGAGUUUUGGGAUUAAUAAUGUUCAAAAAACUAAAAAAUCUGGAAAUUGUGCAUUGCAAAAAUUUAAGACUUCCAUCCCAUAUGAUGAAUAGGAUGAACAAUCUGGAAAGAAUGCAAGUAUGUGGAUGUGAGUCAUUGGAAACAUUAUUUGACAGCCAGCGGCGGCCGAAAAGUGUGGAUGCCCUUCCAAUGAUGGAUUGCUUGAUGGAGUUGAUUUUAAAGGAUUUACCAAAGCUGGAGCAAAUAUGGAAGAAUAUUGGUGGUGAAGGAGAUUUUAAGAAUCUGAAGAGCUUAGAUGUACGAAGAUGUGACAAUUUGAAAUACCUUUUCUCACCCCAUGUCGCUGAGCUUCUUGUGGAGUUGGAGGAAAUUAGUGUUACCGAAUGCAACAUGAUGGAAGAAAUUGUGAGGAAAUUCGCUACAUGUACAGAUGAACAGGAAGAUGAUCAUGAGCUUCUUGUGGAGUUGGAGGAAGUUAGCGUUACCGAACGCAACAUGGUGGAAGAAAAUGUGGGGAAAUUCGUUACAUGUACAGAUGAACAGGAAGAUGAUCAAGGUCAGCAGCAGCAGCAGCCUCCUAUACAUGAAAAGAUAUUCAUCAACAGUACUGAGCAGCAGCAUGGAGGCCGAGUUUUGGGAUUAACAAUGUUUAAAAAGCUUAAAAAUCUGGAAAUUGAUAGUUGCGACAAUUUGAGACAUGUGUUCAGUGGUUCCUUUGGCACUAGAGGUUUGGAACAACUUCAAACGCUGGACAUAUUCAACUGCAAGAUGAUGGAGCAUAUUGUAGCUGCUGUCGCAAACGAAGAAAACAAGGAGGAGGAAGCAAAAGCAACAACAACAGCAACAACAACAACAACAAUGACGAACAAGAUUGUGUUCCCUCGACUAGCCUCUCUGGAUCUUCGGCUUUUGCCCAAGAUGGAGCGUUUUUGUCAAGGAAAUUAUGUAUUGGAAUUGCCAUCACUCAAUGAACUGACUGUGGAUGAGUGCCACAUGAUGAGGGAUUUGUCGGAAGAAUUUUCUUUUGACUAUCAAUCAAUAAUGCAACGAGAUAAGUCUUCCCUGAAAUACGAACCUGAUCAAGACGAUAGAUCUUCCACUACCACAGAAGAUGAUCCACAACCAUCAUAUCAGCACUAGGACAGAUUCAUCUACUCUUUCAUGGGAGUGGGCAUUUUGUUUGUGUUGCGUUACUUCAUUGCAGCCGAAGUAAUUAAUGGCUGCUGCCUCUGCUUCGUAUCCUCAAGGCAUACAUUUCUGAACUAUUGUGCGCUAAAGCACUGGUUCUUCUCUGUCUCUUAUGAUAAACAUGUAAAUUAAUGAAUCAUCGUUACGCUUUUUUUUUUUUCUUUUUUUUCUUUUUUUUUCCUUAGUGAAAUUAGUUAAAAAAAAAAAAAGAAUAUAGAGCUAGGUAAGAACCCAGAGAACAAAGAACUCUAGUCAAUUGUGUAAUACCACCAUAUGCUCAAACUCUGUUUUUGUUCUGUUUAUCUUAAAGUCCUGACGACGGUGAACUAAAAUAUCUAUAUUGCUUAUGGAGAGGUUUACCACAAGAUCUAAACCAAAUGGAACAGAACCAUUGAACAUAAUAGUUUCCAAAUCUAGCUGUUCUUUUAAUUUUGCCAGUUGAGAAAGAGAUUGAUCAACAUUUCCUUAAUUCGUUAAAUCUUAGUAAACUCUGGUCUUGAUCACUGUAAU